AUGAAAUGUUUAAUUGCGAUCUGCCUCUUAAUGCUGAUAUCCAAAGAUGCUCAAACGCUGCUGCUGAACCAAAUGGAUUGGAAAAAUCUGCUAAACAGUGGAGCGCUGGAUGUGAACGUGUUGCGCUGUUUUCUGCGCGACAAAAACUUCUGCCCCAGUCCCUAUAUACAGCACCGUCUCUAUGCGCCUAAUGGGCCGCGCAUGGGGCUGCCGCUGAACAUCCACAAUCCGUUGACCCUGUACAAGGGCGGCUUCAGCAAGCAGCGCGAGACGGUGUUCAUAGUGCACGGCUUCAAUGGGACGGCGGUUGACAUGCAUCUGCAAUUUUUGCGGGAUGCAUACCUGUCGCGGGAAUUCAAUGUGAUAACUGUCGAUUGGCGUCCGCUGACACGUUAUCCGUGCUACCUGCACUCGCUGAUUAACACCCGUUUGACGGCGCAGUGCACCGCCCAGGUCUAUUCGUUUCUCACCCACUAUGGCGCCGAGCGUGAGAAAAUCACCUGUGUGGGCCAUUCACUGGGCGCCCACAUCUGCGGCAUGAUCAGCAAUCACUUGACGAUAAAGCAGUACCGGAUCAUUGGGCUGGAUCCAGCACGUCCACUCAUUGAGCGCAAGAAGAGCAAUCGAUUCCGACUGUCGCACGAUGAUGCCAGUGUUAUACAGGUGCUCCACACAAAUGCCGGCUACCUUGGCCAGGAGGACAAUACGGGACAUCUCAACUAUUGUGUGAACGGAGGCCGGGUGCAGCCCUACUGCAAGGGAAAUCCGAUUAGACGCUCUCGCUGCUCACAUUUUCUGAGCAUUUGCUACCUGGCCUCAGCCACCAUGAAGCAUUCCAAAUUUAUGGGCGUGCCCUGCCCGAAUGGCUGUGUCAAUAUAUCUGGGCCUAGACGUUUGCCAGUUAACGGUAAGGUUAACCCCUUUGAGUUCGUAUCAUUGCUGCGGGAAUAUAAAAUAGGAAAUGAUGCGCCAGACGAAGCACGCGGCUGCAUUUGCAUUGAUGUACCAUUUGCAAAGCAUUGUCCUUUUGUGGAUUCAUAGAAAUUACUAAUAUUUUAUAGUUAAGUUAUUGUAAGUUAGUUAUUAACAAUAAAAUG